CGGUUCAGUAGCACUCGCAGCGCCGCGCGCCUCACUCGCUACACAUGCGCAAGCGCACCGUCCCUCAGUGAAAGUUGCGCGCAUGUUCUACGUUUUCGUGUGCCAACAUCUUCGUCUAGUUAUUGUUUGUUGGUUGCGCCAGUGCAGCGGGGAAAGGAGGUCGAAACUUGUCCGCAACUCGUAAGAACACAGUGUUUUGCGAUCCCGUGGUAAAAUACUGCAGUUUUAUAUGGAACGCUACCUUGAAAAUGGUGGAGUAGUAACAGACAUGCAGUUGAAAUAAAACUGUGAUUGAAAAGUUUUGGAGUGCACUAAUAUCGAGCAUGAUGAGUGGAAGUGAGCCCACGCUGACAGAGCCGCCGGUGCCGCUGGCGCUGGCUCGGCUGCAAGGCCGGCCGGCGGGGCGCGCGCCGCGCGGGCUUCGCUCGCAGCGCCCCAGCCUGCCGCUUGCCAGCCUGCAGGAAUCCAUCGACGAGACUCCGCGCCGCUUUAGCGACGAACCGUUCACGCCUGAUACCGAUGACGACGAAGCAUUUUCCGACAUGAUACUCGCUGACCCGCCGAGAACGGCGGCUAACGGUCGGCGAGCUUCUGACGCAGCUUUCGCUGAACGAUAUAGACAGCUGAGCGAUUUCGACGGCCCUCCGCCUGAUCCCCCCCGUCGCGCUUCAUUGUCAGUGUCCGUGGGGGCAGAGGGGUUUAGUGACAAGGGUCGCCGUCGGUCCUGGGCGGCACGCCUGCAACUGGAGCGUAAGAAGAGACGGAAAUCAGGAGGAGGGAACGAUACUGACGAGGAAAGUGACACACCUGUAUACAUAAGGCAAAAAAGGCCAUCUUGGUGGAAUGUAUUCGUGCCUGAUAAUAUCAAAAACAGGUCUAGGCGGGCGUCGCAGCAGCUGUCGCGGAGCGCCGAGAGUAUUGACCAGUCCUUCAAAAGGUCAAAAAGUCGGUCAGUGGAUCAUGGGUUCGCGGCCGCGUUCGAGCUGGACUCGCUGCGCUCCAAGGUGGAGGACAGGUUCAACGCUGUCCACAGAGAUGAGGAUGAACACGCCAAACGAUUACCGCCUCCGCCGCCGAUUAAGACCAUUACUUACACGGUCCGGGACCGUGACACGUUGACGUCGCUGGCGGCCCGCUUCGAUACCACGCCCUCCGAGCUGACCAAGCUGAACAGGCUCGCCACGCAGUUCAUCUUCCCCGGACAGCGGCUCUUGGUACCGGACAAGAAGAAAGGUGGCGACAAGGACUCGGAUGGUCCCUCGGAGAGCGGGGACAACACGUCGGAGUCCACAGUGGGCCCGCCGAGCGAACCUGCACAAGAAAAAGAGAUCCUGGACAGCCUGCGGCCCGUGUCGCCGGAGGCGCCGACCAGCAGCAGCGCCCCGCAGCGCUUCCUCAAGAUCAACGUGCGCCACAUCACAGAUGGACAGGGCGUGGUGUCGGGCGUGCUGCUGGUGACGCCCAACGCAGUGAUGUUCGACCCGAACGUGUCGGACACGCUGGUGAUGGAGCACGGGCCCGAGUCGUACGGGGUCAUCGCGCCCAUGGAGUACGUCGUCAACGCCGCCAUCUUCUACGACAUCGCGCACAUGCGCACGCACGGACCUGACCAAAAUACUAACAAGGCAGAGACAGCUGAAAUAUACUACAUGAAUAAAUCCGAACAUUCGCCAGGAAAGGAUUCCCUGCUAGUCAAGGACGAGACUUUCCCCGAGCUGCAGGCGGCCAACGGCGAGGGCGAGGGCGGCGCCUGCGACGAGCGGCCCGGCUCCGGCGACCCCGAGGACCGCGGCGGCGCCGCCUUCCCCAAGGCCUUCGAGCGCGAGCUCGUCACGCCCACCGCGCUCCAGCAACAAUCGACUGAAGAGAGGCGGAAGUCCCUUCUGGAUCAUCACUGGGCUAUACCAAGCAAAGACAGGAUGUCCAUCGACCAAGGAAGCGAGAGCGACGACGUGUUUCAGGUGUCAUCAAGCACUGACCACAAGGAAGACGGGGCCGAGGGCGCCGAGGCGGGCGCGAGCGUGGAGGCCACCGAGCCCGGGUCCGGCACCGAGGCCGACGAGGCGGGCGACGAGGCCGGCCCGCAGCCCGCCGACGCGCUGCACCUCGUCAAGCUGUCCUACCACGACUCGGGCAUCGACAUCCGCGACCCGCUGCUGCACGUCACGCCCGCCAAGUCUAAGAAGGUGUACAGCGACGCCGACAUCGUGCUGUCGGCGGAGUGGGUCCCGCCGGUGUGCUUGCCGCGCGGCGAGCCGCCGCUGUCGGCGCCGCCGCUCGGCGAGGCGGAGCGCGCGCCGCGCAAGCCCGCCGCCGUCUCCUUCUCGCUCGACGGCAACAACCAGAAGGAGGACGCGAACAAGCCUGACAAGAAGAACAAGAUGCUGAAGCGGCUCUCGUACCCGCUGUCGUGGGUGGAGGGGCUGACGGGCGAGGGCGCGCCGGCCGCCGGCGAGGCGCUGCCCGCCGCCGACACGCACAACACCAGCGUCUUCUCCAAAGUAUUCAACAGCUCGCCAAUGAACCUAGUGGAGUUCGGUACUGGUUUGUUCCUGAGUAAAACCCCCUCCGAAGAGGCCCCGCACGACGCGCUCGCCGCCCCGGGGCGCAGCUCGCUAGGUGGGUUCGGGCGCGCGACGCCGAAGCCGGCGGCCGGCACGCAGCCGCGCCUCGACUACCGCAGCAUGGUCUCGGUCGACGACAUGCCCGAUCUCUUCGCUUCGUUUGACAAGCUAAUCCCUCGGCCUGCGCGGCCCAGCGACGACCCGCCGCUGUACCUGCGCCUGCGCAUGGGCAAGCCGGCGGGCCGCCCGCUGCCGCGCACAACGCCCCUCAUGUCCUACGGCCGCAAGCGCAUGAAGCCCGAAUACUGGUUCGGCGUGCCCAGAAACAGGGUGGACGACUUGUUCAAGUUCCUGACACACUGGGUGCCGGACCGGUACGGGCCCCUGGGCGACGUGUCCGCGCAGGGCUUCGAGCUCAUCGACUCGGACACCGAGUGGGACGAUGACGACCACAAACCGCACAAGGUCAGCGCUCGCUACUCUACUCCCCGCCACCGUUCGCGGUCCCGGGACACUGGCCCGGACCGGUACGGGUCGCCAGGCGACGUGUCCGCGCAGGGCUUCGAGCUCAUCGACUCGGACACCGAGUGGGACGAUGACGACCACAAACCGCACAAGGUCAGCGCUCGCUACUCUACUCCCCGCCACCGUUCGCGGUCCCGGGACACUGGCCCGGACCGGUACGGGUCGCCAGGCGACGUGUCCGCGCAGGGCUUCGAGCUCAUCGACUCGGACACCGAGUGGGACGAUGACGACCACAAACCGCACAAGGUCAGCGCUCGCUACUCUACUCCCCGCCACCGUUCGCGGUCCCGGGACACUGGCCCGGACCGGUACGGGUCGCCAGGCGACGUGUCCGCGCAGGGCUUCGAGCUCAUCGACUCGGACACCGAGUGGGACGAUGACGACCACAAACCGCACAAGGGCGAGCGCACCGGCAGCUCGGGCGACGUGUCCGACAUCACGCGCGAGUCCUGGGAGCUGCUGAAGGCGCCGUACGUGAAAAUAUAUUCGAUAAUGAAGAGCCAGGCGGAGGCGCUGGGCGACUCGCUCGGCGAGGAGCCGCGGCCCGAGGUGCUGUCGAUGAGCGAUGAGCUGCGGCGCGCGCUCUACUCGACGGGCUCCUCGCUCGACAUGGAGUUCUCGCCGCCCGACCUCAUCGGCACCUCCGAGAUCUUCACAAUGGAACACAGAGAGAAACUGUGCAGCGUGCUGCCGGCGCGCGCGCAGGGCUACAUGUGGUCGCUGGCCUUCAGCACCAGCCAGCACGGGUUCUCGCUCGCCUCCAUGUACCGCAAGAUGCAGCGCGUCGACAGCCCCGUGCUACUCGUCAUCCAGGACACACAGAACAAUGUGUUCGGUGCGCUGACAUCUUGCGCGCUGCACCCGUCCGAGCACUUCUACGGCACGGGCGAGUCGCUGCUAUUCUCGUUCCAGCGCGUGGACGAGCGGCGCGCGUCCACGGAGGAGCCGCGCUCGCCGCCCGCGCCCGCCGCCGCCGCCGCCCCCGCCAUCGCCCUGCCCGACGUCACCGUCGACGCCGAUGAAAAACACGAUCAAACGCCACCGGUGAAAACCAAAUUCAAGUAUUGGGGUUGGACAGGCGACAACAUGUAUUUUAUUCGUGGUAGCAACGACAACAUCUCCAUUGGCGCUGGCGACGGCAAGUUCGGUCUGUGGCUGGACGGAGACCUGUACCUGGGGCGCACGCAGCGCUGCACCACAUACGGGAACGAGCCGCUGACGACGCGCGAGGACUUCAUAGUCAAGAUCAUGGAGUGCUGGACCUUCAUCUGAGCGGCCGCGCCGCCGCCGCCGCCGCCUCCUUCGCCGCGCCCGAGCCUCCGUCGCCGUCACGCCGCUCCACCCUCAUACUUCACCACAUAAGCUUUAGACUAUCUUAUGAAAUUUGCUAUAAAGAUUUGACAUUUUUACAAGUCAGUCUUUUCGACUGUAGUACCGAUGAGUCUGAGAACGAUUUUGUACUCGCAUCGUGACUCGAUUGGCGUAGAAUGACAUCGAUAGGCCGCAACGAAGACAAUAUAUCGAAACUUCUAAGCGCAUUUCUAGUCAAAUGUACUAAAGUAAACCUGACCAAUGUUUUGAUUCUCUUCGAAUUUAGUGGCGUGUUCUGAUGGAGCGUCGACCCGGAGCCGGGCGCGGGCGACCUCUCGCGAGUAGAGCAAGUGCAUUAAUCCUAGUCAAUUGUCACUCGUAUCUAAGUUGACGGUUUGUAGAAGAUGGCAGAGCUGCUAGCGCGAGCAGAGCUCUGGGGUAGACGUCGAUAGUUCGCGUGCGGCGCGACCGAGUCCGCCGGCCGCGGCCGCACCGCCACCAGCCCAAUACUGAUUACGUGUCAAUUCAUACAAUUACUAUUGUGCAUUGUUAUUAAGAAAAUAUUAAAAACGUAUUUGUUACGAUAAAAUCAAUGUAUAAUGUUAUGUAGCAAGUUUAUAACUAAGGAACAGCCGUUUUAGUGAGGUGUUACGGGAAUUAUGAAAGGGCUUGCUGGUAGCAUACAGUGACGGUGUACAACUUAGAGUUGUCUGGACUCACGGACGAUUCUGAUAGAGUUUAUAUGGCUGAGCACAAGCUACUUCAAUUAAUGAGCGUUGGGUUGCUCUCUGAUAAAGGCACUGCCUAUUGCUGCCUGCCUGCACUGCCGCAAGUGCAUUUGUGGCUACCACUUUACAGUCCAAUGGAAAAUUCACUCUUGAUUGAUCCAACUCACUUAGGCCGAUUAAAGUCAUUGAUUCUCGGUGGAUCUGUACUGAAACAAUUUUGUUAUAAUAUAUAUACUUUUUUAUAUAUAACUUUGAGCAGAGAAUGACCACUUCUGUGGUUAGCCCCUGCUCUUGAGCAUAAAUAAAUACUAGUUAUUUUUCAAAUAAACCACCUCAGACUAGAUAAACCUAGAACAACUACCGUAUAUAACUAAUAUUAUCGUCAUCACUAAAUUUCUAAAAAUAUAAUUUCUAACAUAGGUAUGUUAUAAUUACUGCAUUCAGUAGUUUUUAGUGAGUUGUCAGUCUGGAAACAGUCCGAUAAGUGGUGAAUCUAACGGCUUCGUUAAUCAACAGCCGUUUAUUUUAUCUGAACCCCUAAGUCGGCGUACUGCACAUUCUCAAUUCUUCUAUUCAUACGUGUUUUCUCUGGGACCAGUCCAGACGCGAAAAAUAAAUAUUUCAACCUUUCAACCACCCGUGUCGCCGGCGGUACGAAGUUACACGAAGUUUUGUCUUAUUUAUUAGACCGCGGCGAAAUUUUGUAUGUGUUAAUUAUAUAUCAGUCUAAGGCGGUUAAAAUAAGACCAGUACAGUGUUGCAGUCAAAUGACAUUGUAAUAGCCUAUGAGUUGGGACGUGACGUUCCCGCACACUCCACCUUCCCGAGAGAGACCAUUCCCGGUAGGGGAGUAAUCUUAUACCUUUAAACUAGCCAUUCUUGUAUAUAUUUCGGGGAUCUCAGAAACUGCUCUAACUAUGAAAUUUGCUAUUUAGGGGUUUACGGGGGCGAAAAAUCGAUCUAGCAUCUUAUUUCCGGGGAAACGCGCAUUUUGAGUUUUUAUAUGUAUUGGUCUCCCAUCAGGUACUGGUAACUUAUGCUCGUACUCGACGAUCGACAAGAAGGAAUUAAACUCAUUAGUUGAAAUAUUCAACUAACUCCGAGACAGGUAAAAAUUAAGAAUGUGCAGUUCAGCAUCAGUAUACUUCAAGAGUCUGGAACAAUAUAACAUAUCUGAAUGUCUAUUACAUAUGCCUUUUAUAAGUAAUAACUGUAGCACCUUUCCCUUUUUAUUAUGUUAACAAAGAUUUUCAUGUCCAUGGUUUUAUGUUUAAUUUUUCAUCAUUACGAGUCAUAAUAAUUAUUAUAUUAGUGAGCAUUACUGUUCUGUGAUUUUAUUACCUACUCUGGUUUGUUGUCACUGUACUAACGGUGAACAGCUAAGUAAGUUUAUUUUAAAGAACAGUUCACAAGUUUGUUCCAUUCAUUAUAAUAUGUUGACUUAGGCUAGAAGUAAAAUUUGUUAUAAUAUCAGAGUGUAAACAAUUAUUUUUGUCAUAUAACGCUUCAGUACAGAAAUGAGUAGCUGAUAUUUAAUAUUAAAUUAGUAAAAAAAUAGUUAUAUUAGAGGGCUUGAUGAAUAUAAUCGUCAUUGUGCUUAGUAAUCGUGUCACUUAGCAUGAUGUUACUCAGAUUUAUCUGGUCGUAGAGCAUUACUUUUGUGGAGUAAGUGCGCUCCGAGCGCCGCCGGCGCCGACGCGUCGAGCCGCCUCUUACACUACUUGUACGCUUUUCAUGUAUAUUACAGACUAUUCCUUUUUGAGAUUAUUGGAGUUAUAUUAUGCGAGAAGCCACGCAAAAUAAUAUUAUUGUGAUUACCUAUGUAAUAGUAGUAAAUUUAUUGUGAAGGAAUAUUUUGAAGCAAUGUGCAGGCAUAAUGAAAUACUUUAGUCCUAUCAGAAGCAAUAAUAUCGGAUAAAUGCAAUAUUGAAUACAUACCGGUUGGUGCACCUACGGCGCUGGCGCUGCCAUCCGCGUGCACCGUGCAGACUUCAUAUACAGAGAGAGCACAUUGUUUUGAGGGUGUCUGCAUAAGUUAUUAUUGUUACAAAUUUAUAAAUAAUUAGACUUGUUGAGUAGCUGUGACAAAUUUAAAUAUAUUUAUUUAUUCACAUUGAGUUUCACUAUAAGAUUAUUGUAGUUGCAUAAUUUUUGUGAUGAUUAUGUUAUUUAUAAGUUGUUAAAAUGUAAAGCAAAGCCAUAAUAAUUGAGAGUAUAUUAUUUUGAGAAAA